CUAUAUUAAACAAACAAUUGUUUCUUUUAUUCAGAUACACCAUGCCCAAAUGGAUGGGCCAGUCGUUAUGUUGGCGAUCACACAAACUGCUAUUAUUUUAGUAAAACUCUGGCAACUUUUGAUGAAGCCCAUUCUAAGUGUAAUGAGCUUAGUUUUCCUGUGACGUCACACCUGAUGGCCUUUGCUGGCCUUGAUGAAUUGAACUGGACGCUUUCUCAGCUACAGAAGCAAACUUCAAAUGUUUCAGAAUGGUAUACCGGACUGACCGAUGAGGGCCACGAGGGAUACUGGGGCUUUGACACUAGUUGGAACGCCCCUCCACCUAGCGGGUUGAUUCCAUGGACUAAGAUGCCAAAGUUUGUAAACGGCAAUGAAAACUGUGUAGUAAUGAUAUUUGGUGCUGUAUAUAUUAACACGGAAUGUUCCGAUAAACGGGCAUAUAUUUGUGAAAGACCCGCUUACGGUGUCAGUUCAGGGUCUAGAGUGUUCGUUAACAAGUUUUCGGUGUCGUCUGUUUUCAUCAUAGCGACGUAUUUUAUCGUCUACGCCCUGAUUCUUCAUUACAUUCUUCAUCUUACAUAUAUCUUGUUUCCGGCUUUUGCAUAAAAUUUCAUAUUCAUAUUAAAUUUUAUACACACAACUUAUUCGUAAUACAAGGUUAAUAACUAUAUUUCUAUAUUUCUUACGAUCAACUUUUAUCUUAAUAACAUGAAAUACAGCCUAUAUUGUGUUUUCUGAUAACAAAAAACUUCAUUUAUCUGUUUCUAUAGUAGUUAAAAAUUAUGUGUUGACGGUUUAACUACAGCAUGUUCAAACUGAAAUGAAUAUUUGUGAGACUCGUUUCUAAAUAAGAUACCUCUGAUGCGAGUUUAAAGUAUCUCACAUCCAUUGUUAGUUGUUUGUUUUUCAUAAUAUUUAAGAAAUUGAUAUCUGAUUGAACAAUUUUUAUAAACUUUUAAAAACCGAAAGUUAUGUUUUGUAUACCCUUAUGGUCGUUUGCUGAAAGGUUUGUUGCAAACAUGUUUGUUAUUUAAUAUACAUGAAUAGUGUACGAAAACAUAAUAAAAUGUUCCAGAACAAAAUAUUACGUAGCUCUUUUUAGUAGGUUUGAAGAUAAUUUCACACAUAUGUCCUACUCGUUUUUGUAUAAAAUAGUUUACUGACAAAUUCUUGAGUAAUCAUUUUAAUCACAAUGUAAACAAACAUUUUACAAUCCACAGACAGCAAAUAUAUAGUAUUAUAGUAUAUUAGAUUCAUUUAAUUAUAUGCUUGACACUAUGUUUACCGCAGUAAUAACAAGUGUACAUAUGUAAAGUGUUAUAAAUUCUUCUCUC